GAGGGAGGGAGUGGAGGCGAGGGUAGGAGACAGACUGAGAGAGGAAUGGGGACUCUGAGGGACUUACAGUACGCGCUGCAAGAGAAGAUCGAGGAGUUGAGGCAGAGGGACGCGCUGAUCGACGAACUUGAAUUGGAACUUGAUCAGAAGGAUGAGCUGAUCCAAACGCUGCAGACGGAGCUGGACAAAUACCGGUCGGUGCUGCGGCCGGCGCCGGGCAGCGAGUCUAGCGGGCGGCAACAGGAGCAGCAACGGACCAAGAGGCAGGCUAUCUCGGCCGAGCCCACCGCGAUCGACAUCAGUGACAUCAGCCACGUCUCGCUGUCCUGUUACUCUAAGAGUUCGCAGUCGAAGGAUCUGAUCAAGGAUGCCUUUCUGGACAACGACUUCAUGAAGAACUUGGAGAUGUCGCAGAUCCAGGAGAUAGUGGACUGCAUGCACCCGGUGGAUUACAGCAAGGACAGCUGCGUCAUCAAGGAGGGAGAUGUGGGCUCCAUGGUGUAUGUGAUGGAAGAGGGGAAGGUGGAGGUGACCAAAGAUGAUGUGAAACUCUGCACCAUCGCACCGGGGAAGGUGUUUGGAGAGUUGGCCAUCCUCUACAACUGCACCAGAACUGCCACGGUGAAAGCGCUCACCAACAUCAAGCUGUGGGCCAUCGACCGACCCUGCUUCCAGACCAUCAUGAUGCGGACAGGAGUGAUCAAACACAUCGAGCACAUGGAGCUACUCAGGAGUGUCCCAUCGUUCCAGGAACUCCAGGAAGAAGUGCUCAGCAAGCUAGCCGAUGUGCUGGAGGAGACUCAUUAUAAUGAAGGCGAUUACAUCGUGAGGCAGGGAGCCAGUGGAGAUACGUUCUUCAUCAUCAGCAAGGGGAAGGUGCGGGUAACACGAGAACAAACAGCGCUAGGUGAGGCACCAGCUGCCAGUACCCUGUCGAGGGGUGACUGGUUUGGCGAGAAGGCUCUCCUUGGAGAAGAUGUGAGGUCAGACAACGUGAUAGCAGCAGAGGAGGUGACCUGCCUAGUGAUUGACAGAGAUUCCUUCCGCCAGUCAAUCGGAGGUUUGCAGGAUGUGAUCUGUGAGGAGUACGAGACUGCGGAGAUGCGGGCAAGCUUUGAGGUUGAAGCAGCUUUCUUUGCGAACUUGGAUCGGACAGACUUCAUCAUCUGCGGGACCCUUGGCGUUGGAGGGUUUGGCCGUGUCGAGUUGGUGCAGUUGAAGAGCGAGGAGUCACGGAGCUUUGCCAUGAAGAUCCUGAAAAAGCAACACAUCGUGGACACAAGACAACAGGAGCACAUCCGCUCGGAGAGGCAGAUCAUGCACGAAGCGCACUGCAACUUCAUCAUCAGGUUGUACAGGACCUUCCGUGACACCAAGUAUCUCUACAUGCUGAUGGAGGCCUGCCUCGGAGGGGAGCUCUGGACCAUCCUCAGGGACAGGGAGUCAUUCGAUGAUGCUGCCACUCGGUUCUACACGGCCUGCGUGCUGGAAGCUCUGGCAUACCUGCACUGGAAGGGGGUCAUUUACAGGGACCUCAAGCCCGAGAACAUCAUCCUCAACCAUCGGGGUUACGCCAAGCUGGUGGAUUUUGGUUUCGCUAAAAAGAUUGGUUUUGGGAAGAAGACGUGGACGUUCUGUGGGACCCCCGAGUACGUGGCCCCAGAGAUCAUCCUGAACAAGGGCCACGACAGCUCGGCUGACUACUGGUCGCUGGGCAUCCUGGUGUACGAGCUGCUGACUGGCAGCCCCCCGUUCUCAGGGUCUGACCCAAUGCAGACCUACAAUAUCAUCCUCAGGGGGAUCGACAUGAUCGAGUUCCCAAAGAAAAUCACCAAGAACGCAGGCACCCUGAUCAAGAAACUGUGCAGGGACAAUCCUUCCGAGAGGCUCGGCAACCAAAAGAACGGAGUUAAAGACAUCCAGAAGCACAAGUGGUUUGAAGGCUUCAACUUUGACGGUCUCAGGAAAGGAACGCUCACUCCACCUAUUCUUCAAAGUGUGAACGGGCCUCUGGACACCAGCAACUUUGAUACCUUCCCCCAGGACACAGAGGAGGAACCACCUGACGAGAACUCGGGCUGGGAUGUCGACUUUUAAUUCCGUCCCCUGCUCUCUGAACCCGAUGUACCGUGGAUACAGAGAGCGAAGGUUGCGAACAAUUCAGAGGAGCAGACACAAGACUCAAAGUCUGUCAUGCAGAAUCAACUUGGACAACACGAUGUCUGUAAAGAGAAAGAAUAUAAUGUGCAGCUAGGAUAGGUGCAAGUUAAAACUGUAUGGCUGCAUGUAAAUAAAUGGAAAGACCACAGAUAGGCGGAGUGCUAGAUAUUUAAAGGUACUCCUAUUUAUUUCAUUGGGAAAACUGCUUUAAUCUCUUAUUAGCAUUGAAUCCGAAUCAGUAAGGCCUGUUUUGGGGUGUUCCUGAGACUUCAACAAGGCAGAUACAAAUUACAGAAACAUAGAACUGUACAGUACAAGAACGGGCCCUACAGCAGGCAAUGUCUGGGAUGAACAUGAUGCCAAGUUACACUAGUCUCCCCUGCCUGAACAUGGCCCCCAUCCCUCCUUUCUUGGCAAUCCACCUACCUGUCUAAAAGUCUCUUCAAUCUAAAGGGCCUGUCCCACUUGGCGGUUUUUUAGGCGACUGCCGGCAUCAUUGGCUGACACAUCAGGUCACCGAUAAAGUCGCGGGGUGAUGCGCUGUGACAACGUAUUGACGCGCGGCCUGUCCUCAAGUGUCGCAACAGUUUUUUUUUGUCGCUGCUGGAUUUUGAAAUGUUCAAAAUCUUUUGGCAACUCAGAUCCAGCAGUCGCCGAAAAAAAUCGGCAAGUGGGUCAGGCUCUUGAGUGACAUCAGUGAGGGCAACAGCAGACUCGGUGAACCUGCACAUCAAGAUGUUCAUAAGCCACAGGAGCAGAAUUAGGCCAUUUGGCCCAUCGAGUCUACUCCCAACAUUUAAUCAUGGCUGAUCUACCUUUCCCUCUCAACAUUCUCCUGCCUUCUCCCCCCGUAACCUUUGCAUUUUGUUAUUUUAUUGCAGAUUUCGGACCUCUGCAGUUUUUUGGCUUUUGAAAUCAAAAACCAAGCUGGAGAGUGUCGGGUGCAAGGUCACAAGUCAGCAGGGUGUAGCCAGUGGCGGUAUUGUUGCUGCCUCACGGCGCCCGGGACCCUGGUUCAAUCCUCACCUCGGGUGCUGUCUGCGUGGAGUUUACACGUUCUCCCUGUGACCACGUGGGUUUUCUCCAGGUGCUUCGGUUUCCGCCCACAUUCCAAAGACGUGCGGGUUUGCAGGUUAAUUGGCUUCUGCAAAGUGUCCCUAGUGUGUAGGAUAGAACUGGUGUACGAGUCGGUCGGCCUGGACUCGGUGGGCCUCUGUAUCUCUUAACAAAAUUAAAACUCCACUCCCUUCUGGACUUUACAAUAGCAGGCACAUAUAAAUUUGGCUCUUGUAAAACUAAUUCAUUUCUCAUUGUUACCCGAUCUUCUCACUAUACUGGGAACAUCAGAACAUUGUGUUUCUCUCGCCACAGAGGCUGCCCGGACCUGCUGAGUGUUUCCAGCAUAUUCUAACUUUUUACUAUAUAAAUGUACUAAAAAUGUUCAGCAUCUGCGGUUUUUAUUUCAACAAUUUAUUUUUUAACAGGCUUCCAAGUAGCUUUGGAUUUUGUAGAGGCCUUCCUUCUUGGUGUAGAUGCAGGAAAACUGUUCCCAAUGUUGGGCGAGUCCAGAACCAGGGGCCACAGUCUUAGAAUAAAGGGGAGGCCAUUUAAGACAUUUGAGAAAAAACUUUUUCACCCAGAGAGUUGUGAAUCUGUGGAAUUCCCUGCCCCAGAGGACAGUGGAGGCCAAGUCACUGGAUGAAUUUAAGAGAGAGUUAGAUACUCUAGGGGCUAGUGGAGUCAAGGGAUAUGGGGAGAAGGCAGGCUU